AUGGACAAGUAUGUAACAAUCACAAAGAAACGCUCUGCUGCAGGCGAUGGAGGCAAAGAUGCAAAACGGAAACGUCCCAUGACUGCCAAGGAACAUAUGAUGCAUAUCGCUACAACGCCAUCCACUCGCGGCCAUGAUAUUUGGGUAUCAGCUGCAACGGGCCAUCAAAUCAGUGAACAAGGUGGUCGCUCUGUCUCCUACAACGCCGCUCGUGUUGCAAAGCUCAAGUGUCAGUUCAGACCAGCGGGUGCUGAUGUCCCCGCUGAUCAAAAAGCAGUCGCGGCGCGGUAUGCUGCACAGCAAGAAGGCCCAGUUAUCGCCCCGGACUUGGAGGCGACGGUCGCCGUGAGUAGGGAUAGCGGGCAUAUUGCGCUAUUUGACGCUCAACAUAGUACGCAUAGCGUCACUUACCCGACGCGCGUUGCUUUCCAAGCAUCAACAUCACCAACAAAAGGCUGUUUUCGAGGAUGCGUGUUUUAUCUGGACGGCUACCUGGGGCCAACAACAUCCGAUUGGUGUCUCAAACGCGAGAUUGCCGCUCAGGGAGGCGAGGUCUCUGUAUCACUAGCGAAGAAGCAAAUCACUCAUGUUGUACUGAGCCAGUGUGGCGCACUGGCACAUUCCAAAAUCGUCAAGGAAGGCAAGUUGAAGCGUCGUACAGUUCAGUAUGUCACGGUGGACUGGAUACAUGCUUGCUUGGCUGCUGGGAAACGCGUUCCAGAGUGGUCGUAUUCAGUUGAAAAGCUACAGUCUGGAACACGACCUGUUGCUGAACUGUGGCAAAAGAAGGAUGAAGCUCAGUUGCAUCUUGAUGCUGAGGAGGGGGAGAGACUUGAUGCUCUGGAUCGCUGA